GCACUUUUACACGCUACGUAAAAUCACAUUUUCAAUGUAUUAAUCGUGGCAUUUUGACGUCAAACCCUAAGUAGUUUUGAAAAUUAGCUACUAAAUACAUUUUCCAUGAUUAUAAUAAUGAACAUGUGCUCAUUCGUAUUUAAGAUUAAAUGAAGUGUAUGAUAGUAGUUGAUCCAGUGAAUUUUUUGUUAAUAAUUUAUUGAAGUAGUGAAGGUUUUGAACAUUACUUUAAUUUAACAUUCAGUGUAAAAUUGGAUAACUAGUGUCGAACUCAAUACCAAUAAAGUGCUUUAAAAGUAUUUUAAAUGAACCGCAAGCAAUACAAAAAUGUGCCGAACAGGGAAAUCAAAGAAUACACAAAAAUAGAGCUGUGGGAUACGGACUCCAAAGAUUAUGGAUAUCAUUCCGAAGAGGGUGGGCGACACGGGGUGAUCGAAGGCGCUGGCGACAUGUGGAUCAGCGCAGUCGAGAGCUCUAUACUGACAUGGGAGGAGGUAUCGGAGCGUUUGAGCGUCGACGUCCGCCGAGGCUUGUCAUGGCGCGAAGCCAACGACCGCAUGAACUUCGUUGGAGCCAACGAGUUUCAGGUGAAGGAACAAGAUCCGCUCUGGAAGAAGUACAUCGAGCAGUUCCAGAAUCCGCUCAUACUCCUGCUUCUCGGAUCGGCGGUGGUGAGCGUUUGCAUGCGCCAGUUCGACGACGCGAUAUCUAUCACGGUCGCCAUCAUCAUCGUGGUGACCGUCGCCUUCGUCCAGGAGUACCGCUCGGAGAAGUCGCUCGAGGAACUCAAUAAACUUGUGCCUCCGUCAUGCAAUUGCCUUCGAGAGGGAAGUCUCGAGCACUUCCUCGCCCGCAACCUGGUCCCAGGCGACAUCGUCCACCUGAACGUCGGGGACAGGGUGCCGGCCGACCUGCGGCUCUUCGACUCCACGGACCUGGCCAUCGACGAGUCAUCGUUCACCGGGGAAACAGAACCCGCCGUCAAGAACAUCGUGCCAAACAAAGCGGCCGCCGGCAGGGUCAACAAGGAUAACAUAGCCUUCAUGGGAACACUGGUUAGAUGCGGAAAUGCUAAGGGCAUUGUGGUCAGCACGGGAGAACGUUCAGAGUUCGGUGACAUUUUCCGCAUGAUGCAAGCCGAAGAAGCCCCGAAGACCCCGCUCCAGAAGUCCAUGGAUACCCUCGGGGGCCAGCUCUCGAUGUACUCCUUCUGCAUCAUCGGCUUUAUCAUGAUCACGGGGUGGCUCCAAGGAAAAGCCCUGCAGGAGAUGUUCACUAUCGGCGUCAGUCUCGCCGUUGCUGCCAUACCCGAAGGUCUGCCAAUAGUCGUGACUGUGACCCUGGCCCUCGGAGUCAUGAGAAUGGCGAAACGUAACGCCAUAGUGAAGAAGCUGCCCACCGUUGAGACUUUGGGAUGCGUUAAUGUCAUCUGCAGUGACAAGACGGGAACGUUGACGAAGAAUGAAAUGACAGUGACGACAAUAGCGACAUCCGGCGGCCACAUCGCCGAAGUGACCGGAACGGGAUACAACGGGCGCGGCGACAUACAACUGCGAGCCUACAAGGGCAGAGAUCUGGACGUGGCCAGGAUGGGUGUCACCAGCAUGUUGGAGGUGGCGGUACUGUGCAACAACGCGCACAUCCGCGAUGAGACGCUGUACGGGCAGCCCACGGAGGGCGCGCUCGUCGCCUGCGCCAUGAAGCACGGCCUACGCGACCUCCGGGAACAGUACACCAGGCUGCACGAGAUACCCUUCAGCUCAGAAACGAAGAUGAUGGUCGUGAAAUGCGCCCCGAAGUUCUCCGACGGCGGCAAAGAGGAGUUGUUCGUGAAGGGGGCCGUCGAGAAGGUCCUGCCGCUGUGCACGCAGUACAUCGACAGCGCCGGCAACUACGCGCCGCUCACGAACGAGAAGCAGAACGAAAUAUUAGCCGAGGUGUACAACAUCGGACGAAUGGGUUUAAGAACGAUAGCUCUGUGCCGCGGCGCGAGCCUGGAGCGGCUGGUGUACGCGGGCGCUUGCGGCGUGUGCGACCCGCCGCGCCCCGGCGUGCGCGCCGCCGUGAGCACGCUGCGCCGCGCCGCCGUCGACGUCAAGAUGGUGACCGGCGACGCGCGCCCCACGGCGCUCGCUGUCGCACAAAUGGUCGGCUUGGACGUCCUGCACUCUCAAUCUCUAUCCGGCGAACAACUCGACUCGAUGGCCGACGAAGAACUUGACCGCAUUAUCGAUACGGUGAGCGUUUUCUACAGGGUGACGCCAAAGCACAAGCUUGCUAUUGUGAAGUCUCUCCAGCGGCUCGGGAACAUUGUCGGCAUGACGGGUGACGGCGUCAACGACGGCGUGGCGCUGAAGCGGGCGGACAUUGGCAUUGCCAUGGGCAAGAACGGCACCGACGUGUGCAAGGAGGCCGCCGACAUGAUCCUGGUCGAUGAUGACUUCGCCACCAUCAUAGCCGCAAUCGAAGAAGGAAAAUCGAUAUUCUACAACAUUGGAAACUUCGUGAGGUUCCAACUGUCCACCUCGAUAGCGGCGUUGUCGCUCAUCGCUCUGGCAACACUGAUGGGCGUUCCCAACCCGCUGAACGCUAUGCAGAUUCUCUGGAUCAAUAUUAUAAUGGACGGUCCGCCGGCGCAGUCGCUGGGCGUGGAGCCCGUGGACCACGAGGUGGUGGGGCUGGGCCCGCGCGACACGCGGCGCCGCCUGCUGUCCCGCCCGCUGCUGCUCAACGUGCUGCUGUCCGCCGCCAUCAUCAUCGCCGGCACGCUGUGGGUCUUCAAUCGUGAGAUGUCGGACAACACGAUCACGCCCCGGGACACGACCAUGACGUUCACGUGCUUCGUGCUGUUCGACAUGUUCAACGCGCUGUCGUGCCGCUCGCAGACCAAGUCCGUGUUCGAGGUGGGGCUGCUCUCCAACCGCAUGUUCCUGGCCGCCGUCACGCUGAGUCUGCUGGGCCAGGCCCUGGUUAUUUACUUCCCGCCGUUGCAGAGCGUGUUCCAGACGGAGGCGCUCACAGCGCACGAUAUACUGUUCCUGGUCGGUCUUACGUCGAGCGUGUUUAUAGUAAGCGAAAUUAAAAAGCUUAUCGAACGCACCCUGAAGAAGCGCGUCUACGGCAAGUACGCUGCUAAGGCCCACGACGCUAUGGACUUUGUAUGACACGAGUCUGACAAGACGCUGUAAGUGGAGCCAGCGCCAGUGACGUCACGGAGCGGGGUCCGCCGACGCGCAGUACGGACAGUGCGGGAUGGACGCGACAAGUGAACUAAUCGAUUAUGCGAUUAAUCGAUAUUCGUAAUCGUUUUCGAGUUCGAUACGUCGUCGCAGUAUUGUUUGAUAAGUGUUUUUAUUUAUUUAUUAUAUAGGGAUAAAUUUUAGUGAGUUUUACGAUUUAUUUAUGUGAAGCAAACGUUUCGGAACUUAUCGAUAGUUUAGUCGAAAAUAAAACAUUAGUUUAUUAUUCGUUUUAUCGUUGUAAGUGAGUAGUAAUCUCGUAUUCGAUGUCACAUCGAUGAGAACUGUAACUAGCGGUGAAUUACGCUUAUUUGUGAAUAGAAUUAGAUUAAUAAUAGUUGAUAAUACUUAGAUUGAAGAAAAAAAGAGAAUUAGCGCUUUCUCAUAUCUCUCAGCGCGCUCUUCGAGUAGCAGAUUGUUAAACUUAAAUGAUAUAUAUAUGUAUUAUAAUUUAAGGAGAUUAUUUAUAACAUUAAUAUUGAUCGCUCGCCAUUAGUAGCAUUAACUCCAAGGUCGAAUUUUAAAGUGAGCAAAGUUUUUAGAAAUGCUGCCACUGAAGCCUAAAGCGCGCAUUCGUCACAUUGCAUAUUAUUAUGUCACGGUAGUUGAAAUAAAAUUUAUUCGAUUUAAAUCGAGAGAUCUGUCGAAGCACUUGUUAUCGAUAAUCGAUAUCGAAUAUUCGUGUUGUUAUUAUGGUCGUACAAUAGAAUAUAACUAUCGAUAUUAUGUUAAGGAAUCGAUCAGUAUAAGAUAAUAGAUUCGUUAGAUAAUUCAUAGUAUAUUCUAAUGCUUAGUUUAAUUAUUAAAUAAUAAAAUUAAAUAUCAUUUAGUACAUAUAUUUUUAGGGUUGUAACAAAAUAGUGGAUUAGGUCCUAGUAUUUGAAUUGCUUGAAUUAAUCUGGCUUCGAAAGUCGCCGUCUUCGUUGCGGUACAUGAAAUUUCCUGCGUAAAUCUAAUAGUAUUUAAAAACAAUUACUCUUACUUGUAAACGAUUUUAAAAAUUAUAAUAUAUAAAUAGAUAUAUAAUAAUAAAUUUUACCUGCAUUUCAUUAAACUAAUAACUUAUAGUACUUCUAAGUAAUUGAUAUUGUACUACAGUUUUACUACACAAUAGUUAUUAUUCAUAUUUUAAAAAAAGCUUAAAAUUAUUAGGUAAUUUUUAGUAGUUUAGUUUUUAUCGAAUAAAUUCGUAAUAGUAAUUUUGUAAAAUUAUCAUAAACAAGUUACAUGAAAUUUUAAUCUAUUUAAAUAAUAACGUAAUCGUAUUGUGAGUUUUGAAAGAAUAUAAAUAAUAAGAUAUUAUCUUGCAAAUUAAUAUUAUUAUAAAUGUUGUAUUGAGUAGGCUGUGAUCUGAAGCGCGUUUGACUCGUGUACAGAAUGUUAAAUCGAUUUUUUAUUUUCGGUUAAAAGUUAAUCGAUUAAGCGAAUCAAUAAUCGAUUAACGGCUGAUUGCACCCAGAGUUAAUAUUUUAAACCAAUCGUAAAGUUUAGUUAACUAAACGACAUAUUACUACAUAUUUACGAAAAAAAAAAAUUGUUCUAUUAUUUUCGGUUUCAUGAUAAACAUUUGUUAAAUAUGUUAAAUUUCUUAUAUUUUAUAUGUAAUGUCGGACGAAUGAAAUAUAAGCGACAAACGAUUUAUGAAUCAUUCAGAGAUUAUUUUAAUUAUUGGCGUUUUAAUGAAAAUUAUAAAUAUUUAAUGUUGUGUUAUUCGGAGUUAUGAGUAACCCGAAUUGACACGCCAGUAAUAUAUAUUUGUUGUGUGAAAUUCAGUCUUAAGACAAGAAUGAAUAAGAUUGUAAAUUAAUUCUAACACAGAAAGAUUCUGUUCGUUUUGAAAUGACGUACGUUGUAAUCAAAACUUGGUCUAGUAAUGGUGCUUGGUGCGUGAAUGUUCUAUAAUAUAUAUAUAAUAUUUAAUAGUAUUCAUCUUGUAGUAAGCAUUUAAUAAAACAUAUGUUAUAAUAUCUACUUUAAUAGUAAGUGGAAACUCAAGUCGUACGAUUAAUAGAUUUGUGCAACAUUUGAUUAAUAUGUGUAUAAUUUUUUUUGUGUAACCUAAAUAUUACAAUACUAUAUCAAUAAAUAAAUUAAAUAUCUUUCUCGAGUAGAAUGUAUUUUAUAGUAUUUUUUUUUAGUGUUCCAAGAAAUCGUAAAUUUACUGCCUAAACGUUCCUUUUUGCUGUCGACAUAUGUGUGUAUAUAAUCCGGAUACAAGUGGUUUGAACAAGCGCGGCUCCCAGCCGGUUUGAAGUCGGUUAAGAGUAUGAUAAAUGGUUUUUAUUGUUCUUUGGUGCAGGUAAGGCGCCGUCUACGUACAGACAGACCAGAAUAAACUUUUAUAUAUAUAGCUUGCUAAUGUUCCAGUAUUAGUUUUUAAUGGUUGAACAUAGGGAACGAUUUUGACAGCAGUAUUUUCCCGCGUUUUGUUCAAUUCAAAAUGAAACAUUAAAUUCGCAGCCAAUACGUUGCGUGUAGACAGAACUUAACCAAAGGUCAGCUAUUAGAAGAAGAAUUCUAAUAGCUGAUAUGUGUAUAUAUGAAAGAUCGAACAUUAAAAUUACUGAAAGCGAAUAUAACUGCGAAGGAUUUUAAAAUUUGUCGUCAUCAUAAUAUUUAUUCAAUUUACAAUCAAUUAAAUUAUUAUGUAUUAAAUAUUUGUUUAUAGCGUUUGAUAAUUAUAACAUUAGAAUGUAUUCGUCUAGUUUAUUAAUAAAACAGUAUCACAUUUUCUAGCGUAGUUUUUCGAAAUAAGUGUGCUUUUCUUGUGGCGUACGACGCCAUUUUUAAUUCACGUCAAGAUGGCCGCCGACCGACGCGCGCGGUGUACGUAAUUAUUAUUAUUUAAAAUUAAUGUUUGUGAUGUUGUCAUUUUAAAUGAAAUAGCUUCUUUGUGUUAGUGGGUAAUUUAAAACUGUUAUUAAAAUAAAUCUCAUUUUUUCGUAUUAAAUAGUUUGCUAUGUUUAUUUAUUGAAAUAUUAAUAAAUUGUAGCUUGUACUCGACUGUAUAAAUCAUUGUGAUUACGAGUCAUAUCUUGUAUGAAUUUAUUUCGUAUCUAUAUAUAGCUAAUGUAAAUAGGCGUAAAGUAUUCUGUCUGUUGUAAUAAUCGUGCUCGUGAACAGAUUUUAUCGUUAUUUCAGUAUUAAAUGUAUGUAAUGGCGAUGUAUUGAAGUUGGCGUUGACAUAAGUGACGGCUGAAUUUGAAAUCAUUCAAAUUUAUUUAUUAAUCCUCGACCAAUUUUAUAUACAUCAUGAAUCCAAUAGCAAAAUAAUAGUGACUACACAUUUUUAGUGUUGCUAUUGUACCAGAUAGUAUUUAACGGUAGGCUUCUUAGUCCGAAUCGAUCUAUUAAGCUACGAACUACUAAGUAAAUAUUUAUUGUUGUUAGAUAACUUUAUUAAAAGAGGUAAAGACAAUCUCCUUUUGUCAAUCGAUUUUUUUAAUGUUCCCAUUGAUGAGAUGUGGUGGUAACAAUAAUUUCAAAAAAUAUAGAAACAAAUGCUGCCAUCAAUUUAUGAAAAAUAUAAUAUAAAUAAAAUACAUAAAAUUAAUCUCAAUCUUGAGUUGCUGGAAAUUUGGGUACUGUGCGAACUGUAUACUUUAAUUUUGUAAACCCGCAAUUUAAAGCAAAUUAUUAUUCAGAUAACGUGUAAUGAUAUUUUUUUUCAACAAUCAUUAUUCAUCAUAUAAUGGAGCAGUCCCAAUAUAGUUUGUAUAAUGUGUUAAAUCAUCGAUAAUAACACACUACGGUAUUCUAUCGAUACAUAAUCUGUUCACGGCACAUCUCUAGCCUAGUGAAGUUGAUUGAUUUUUCAUAUGUAAUAAUAUCUACAUGAUGCCACGAGAACUGAAUGAUUAAAUUUUUACUAGCACGAUUAGAAAAAGCUUUCUAGUAACCCGGUAUCAAACGUUGUCCAAUUUCAGGCGUGCGGUUAGAGGUUGCUUCUAGCCUCAGGAUUGUAGUAUAGAGAGACAUUUCUGGGUGUAUUGGUACACCUAGAGUGGUGUGCUAGUAUUUGUACACAGAUUGGCGCCUGUACGAGUGUCUGUUUUUAUACAGGUGUCUGUACAAAGCUGAACUCUACCGAGUGUUUGUGAGUGUCAGCAUCUAGUUAGGGUGUCUGUACUUGUUAUUAGCAUCCAAACAGAAGACUUUUUUUUAUUGCUUGUUUAGGUGGGUUGACGAGCUCACAGCCCACCUGGUGUUAAGUGGUUACCAGAGUCCAUAGACUUCUACAACGUAAACGCCGCCACUCACCUCGAGAAAUGAGUUCUAAGGUCUCAAGUUCAGUACAACGGCUGCCCCGCCCUUCAAACCGAAACGCAUUACUGCUUCACGGCAGAAAUUGAAAGGGUGGUGGUACCUAUCCGUACAGUCUUACAAGACGUCCUACCAGUAGUCUGAAUUCAGUCUGUUGUCUGUACUCGUUAGGAGCACCCGAUUUGGUGUCUCUGAGAAGUUUAGCACCCAGUUAGGGUGACUCUACAUUAAUGUUAUAAUUACAUCACGAAACUCGUGCAACUGAUAUCCUCUUGCAAGGUAGAUAGCAAGCUUACCUGCCUUCGGUUAAAUUUUUGUGAACACAAAUUGUUAAGUCAUUCAGUUUUUAUGGUCUCAUAUGUAAAAGAGAUUGACUCUCUGUAGACCAUAAGGCACACUAGGGCAUUUUUUAUUAGAUUAAAUCAAAUUAAAAACAAAUAUAAAAUGUAUCUUAUUAGUAUUGAAUUAAUGAAUAUAAUUAUUUGAUCUAAGUAAUCGUGGUUUUUGUAGAAUUUGAACGUGGUCGUUAAUUGUUGCUGAUUUACUUGAAGAAAGUAUGUUCUUUUUUAUAUAUAUUCCCUUGAACCAGCUGGAUAGUUGUUUAUUGAACCGUUUUCGACACGAGCCUUGCACAAUAUACAAAUUGUGGUUCUAAAAAUGUUUUUCCAGAAGUGGGUAGAUAGACUUUUGUUUAGGGAUGCGAAGUUCCUAAUGACGUAGUGUUUACAAGUGCAAAAAAAAAUAGAACUUUUGAUUUCAUUCCAAUUAAGCUCGGGCUUUAAGUAUUGUGAUUAAUUUUUAAAUUCAUUUGAAUUAAAUAUGUAUCAUGAUUUAAAAAGCCAAUUCACAUGAGGUCUAUAUCGAUAAGUUUUGCCUCUGUAAUUUUUUCGUAAUGCAAUUAUUUUUAUUUCAAUUAACGUAUUGCUUAAGAGGAAAUACUGACAGUUUAAAAUGUAGUUUUUAAAAAAGUCCUUAAGAGAACACGCAAGAGAGAAACGCAAAGGUUUCAAAGAGUGAAGGUAAAUCGCAUUACUGUAUCUUCUAUAAAAACGGCUACUACUAAAUAAGUAUUAUUAUUUGUAGUGGUAGGCUGUGGAGUCAGUUUGUGACGUCACUUUCGGGCACGGAAUAGAACUAGGGCUGGUUAUUUGCAUCCAAAUAACAUUAUGAAAUAAUUUUCCGGGCUCGAUCCUCACAUCGUAUCAACAUUCCCUUGAUCUGCCGGUGUAUGGUCUACUCUCUAAUUUAAUAUCUUAUGGUUUUAUUGUUUAUGUAACGUGUAUAUAUAUAACGAGGCUAUUUAUGUGGUUUAAUGCGACACUUCGCUUAAUACGCGCCCUUUAUCGUUGUAAUUAAAGGUCCGUUUUAUUUGGUAUCAGCAUCAACAAUUCGAUGUUUUUAAUUGAACUUCAAUUAAGUUUGCCCCAUUUAAAUAGCUGAAGAAGUUUUUUAAUACAGAUGAAGAUAAAGUGAUAGAUGAUAGAUGAAAGAAGAUAAAGGGUCCAUAGUUAAAAUACGAAUGUCAUUAACUAGUGAUUAAUUAAAAUAUCUAGUCAGUUACUGUUGACUACAAAUAGAGUAAAAUGCUAACUCUUUUCAAAUGUCUACUAACAGUUAAUAACAAUCUGAAGUGAUAAACAUUUCUAUUAUUUGUUUUGAAUUGCAACCUUAUAACGUUGAUAUUGAAGGUUUGAUUGCGUCCUAAAUAAAAGUAAUUGAAAUCAGCAACAAUUCGAAUCAGUUCCUUGUAUUUUAUAAUAUAUUCUGAAAUUUAAGAUUAGUCCUCUCAUAUAAUCUGUAUUCUUGACAUAGAAUUGAAUAUUGGUAAAUAGGAUUUAUGACGUCAUCCUAUGACGCAAUCCUGUGUAUUCUAUCGAAUCUGCUUUAUUACUACAAAACGAACGUAUUUUAUUCUGAAACUGUGUAUCUCUUUUUGGAAACGUUCAAAAGGUGUUUUAUUAUAUUUGUCUUUAUAAAAUCAAACAUUGAAAGUUGACUUGAAAUUGAAAGUAAUGAAUUUCACAAUUCGUUUGUUUUUGUAGGUAUUAAAACAGAUUGCGAUGGAACAAACAUGUGUGUGUUGAUAGUAAAUGACGUCAACUGUAAUCUGCCCUUGAAAAUUACACCGUUCAAAUAUAAAUAGAAUUCUUUCAUUGGUCUUUUACUAAAAUGAUUUUUUCAAGAGUACAUUAUUUUGUUUUUUGUUGCUCUAAAUGAGCUGAUAGGCUCACGAUCUACCUGGUUAUAAGUGGUUACUGGAGCCAGUCGCAACUUGAAUGACUCCACUCACUCCGAGCCAUGAGGUCUUAGUCUCAAUUGUAUCGUGCAAAGGUUGUCUCAAACUUCAAACCAACCGCAACGUGGCAGAAUUAGCCAGAGUGGUGACACGUACCUGUGCUGGUUCAUAGGGUAUUUCUUGAUUCCUCAAAAUCUUUUCCAGCUAAAUUUUUUACACGAUGUUAUUUCUUCAUCGUUAAAAUCAUCCAGGUACGUGUGUCAAUAAGAGUAUAAGAUGCAGGCUUUCUAACUAUAAUAUUACAGAUAAUAUCGCUGUUUGGUUAAGAAAGGUAAUGUUGUUAUUGCAGCCCUAAGACACCCCGCCGGUACAUAGGGGCCUUAGAGCUGUCUCCACUUAACCCUGUCUUAGGCUUGCUCCAAAAUAUCACUCCAGGUCACGUCAGUAGUCCUCAUCUCGCUCAAGAAAGGUAAUAAUAAUGCAAAACUCUGUUGUGUGUAUGCCUUUGCAUGCAUGUCACUUAGUUUUAUUUUCGCAGAUCACAUCUUCUAGUCAUUCGCCGCUCUUUCAAAAUUUAACAAAGAAAAUGAUACAAAUAAAAUUAGCUAAAUUACAGAUUUAGAGAGAAGAGAGAUCUUUUAGGAAUUAAAUUUUAAAUUGUAGUUUGACAAAAAAAACUCAGAAUGCAAUUAAUUUUGCCUGCAGAAACUAUACUAAUAACUUAAUUAUACAAAAUCUAAACGACUAGAUCAUAAGGCGAUAACUUUGACAAAGUCCACGAUUAAAGUUGGCUGACUCCACCGUGGGAACCAAUCGGACAUGUGCCGCCAGAAAUGUACGGAUGCCUUCCGAGCGCUGUCUCUCCAGGGCUUGGUGACUCCCCCGGAGGUUAUAGACCCGUCGCGGAACUCCGUUAUGCCUCCUGCCGCCACGCCUAGCGUUAUGUAGAACUGG